UCUCUGCAUGCCUGUUUCCUUUCCGUGCUUGCACCACUCACAAUCAGAUGGGUGUGCAGUGAGGCAGCCGGCGGAGCUGAGACCUCAGUCCUGCCCUGGGAGCGUAGGCAAACAUGGCCCUGCAAUGGAUGUUUCUCCUGCUCCUCACACCUCUGCUGGCAGCACAAAAUCAUGAUAAGCCCUCUCCAAACACUUAUGGAAAAUCCCUGGAAAAAGGAAAAUGUAAAGCUCCCUCUGACUGGGACUCCAGACUGCGGCUGUACCCGGAGAGGAGCAGCUAUGACUUGAACGAAGUGGUGCUGCUCAGGUGUGCUGGGAAGUUUUUGCCAUCUGUACCACAGAUUCAGUGCAUUUCCAGAGGGGCACAGGCCAUGUGGAAUGAGACUGCCACCUGCAAAGCAAAAUGCCCAAAACCUCAAUGGGAUGCACAACUUCAGUUUUCAGAGAGCAAAACCGAAUACCCACAGAAUACAGAACUGACGUUGACUUGUCCCAAAGGUCUUGAGCCCUCCUUCUCCAAGGUCAAAUGUACAAAAGAAUUUCAGAGAGUGAGUUCUGGAAAACCAGAUUAUGUGGAUGCCUGGUGGGGCAGGAACAGCAGAGGUGCCUGGACACGCAUUGAGAGGGAUGUCCUGUGUAUGGAAGGGUGCCAAAGGCCCCCAUGGGACUCCAGACUGCAGCUGGUACCAGACCAGGAGAACUAUGAGAAGGAUGAGGAAGUGAACCUGAGCUGCCCUGAAGGUCACCAGCCAACCUACACCCAUGUCAAAUGUUCGAGUGAAGUCCAGUCCUUCUCUCGUGGGAAACCUGUGUACAAGGAAGUCUGGAUUGGAAGAAACUCCAGAGGUGUCUGGGUCCGCAUUCGGUCUAGCGUGGAGUGCAGUGAAAUCCUCAAGGUUGGUCCCAACAACUCUGAGAUUUCCAGCAGCAGCAUCAAACUGAAGUGGACCUGCAGGUUCCCUGAUGCCUGCCAGAGAACAGCCUCCCUCUUCCCUUCUCAGAGGCUCAGCCCUUUGCUCACACAGGCUUCUGCUCGCACAUCCCGAGUGUUGGCUCCAAAUUCCUUCCUCAGCCGGGCAGGCACAGGGCAGGGCAGGCGGGCAGGGUCGCUGCCAGCUGCGGGCACCUUCCCAGCGGGCACCUGGGAGCUGCUGCAUUCCAGCUGUGCCUCCUGUCCGCAGCUGAGCAUCACAGCCAGGAACGCAGCGGACAGCAGCGUGCUGGAGACGGAGCGGCUGCGGCUCAAUGGCUCCGUCACUGAGCUGCGGCUGCCGGAGCACAGCCCUGGCAGCAGCUACGCCGUGACCAUCCAGGGACUGACGGCUGCCGGAGCCGGGGCUGCGCUGGCCAAGGAGUUCCACAGCAGCAGCAGCAGCAGCAGCAGCUCCGACACCCCGGGGCCCCAGGGCAUCAGCUGCCGCAGCGCCCGCGACAUCGCCCCAUGGCAAGGCACGGCCGUGCUCGCCCUGAGCCCCAUCGCCCGCGGCUCCGGAGCAGCCAGGGAGCACCAGCUGCUCGUGGCCCCGACGCACAACGGCUCGGUGAUCGAGGGCAUGUGCUCGGGGCAGCCGCAGCUCCUCAACGCCAGCGUCUACGUGGCCGCUGUUCUCAACCUCAGCGCCCCCACGGACUUCGUGCUGGGCGACGGCAGCCGCGGGCAGGGCGAGCACAACGCUGCGCUCCGCCCGGGCUGCGGCUACACGGCCCUGCUGCGCCUCGCCCGCCGCUCGCCGCAGGCAGAGAAGUUCACCUGUGUCUGCUACAGCUUCUCUCUUGUUGCAGGGCAGACUGCAGGCCAGUGGCAUGGCAUUGUGAUUGGACUGGUUGUGCUGUUGGCAGUCCUCCUUCUGACUGCAGUCAUCCUGUGGUUUGUGCUCUCCAGGAAAAGGAAGUAUUUGCCCAACAAAACUCAGGAGGAUAAUGAAAAAGGUAAAGGUGGCUAGGCUGGAGAUCAGUCACUUCAGCCCCAGCCAGGACCAUGGAAACAUCCGGAGCAGUGUGGACAUGGGGAAAAUGGGAAGGAUGACCCUGGCUCAGUCCUGAUGGUUGCCAUGUCCCCUGGCUCUCCUGUGACUGUGACCAGCCUGGGGGACCCAUGCAAUUCAUUCAAUUCAUUGCAAGAGGAAAACACAAGGCCAAGGAGGGUUGAGCUUUUUCAUACCUCAGCCCUUUCACGUUUUCUUACUGCUUUUGUAAGGCCUUUGAAUCUGGCUUUCUGUAAUCAUUUUUUCCUGGGCUUUAUUUUCAUUUUUGCUUUCCUGGAAGCAGGACUUGUAUGUAGGAUUUCUCAGUCUCAGACCCACACAGCUCAGUUGAUGGCAUUCUCCUCCUGUCCUCUUGGUCCCCAACCCUUCUGCCCUCUCUGUUGAUAUUCAGCCAAACCCAGGGCUUUGCUUGGCCUGGCUGGACUGCUUUGUGUCUCUGCCUGUUCUGUCUGGACAACAAAUAAAUGGUUUAUGGUUUGAAGGGGCUGCUUGUUCCACACA